CAACACAGCUGUUUCAACGAGCCUAUACCGCUGUCCUCUAAUGUCCCCGCCGGAGUAUCAGGCCAAGGAAGAAGACAAGUGUGCACUUCGCUUCAGAGACAAACAGGACUCAAAAGAGACAGAACAACGCAGGACAAUAACCAGCGUUUCUUGUGGCAAAAUGCGCAUCUGACAUAUUAUCUUAGAGCCUGACGGGCUUUGCUGCAGCUGAGAAGGAUGACUGGUCUCCUGCACUAAUGCUAGAUGGUGUGGGAAUAAUGGACAUCCCCAAUGACCUAUCAAGCAUCACCAACACUGCAGUUACAGCCUCUGAGAAGAGCAGCAGCUCAGAAUCUCUCAGUGAUAAAGGAUCUUCAGAGCUCAAGAAGAGUUUUGAUGCUGUUGUGUUUGACGUGUUGAAAGUCACUCCUGAGGAGUAUGCGGGUCAGAUUACACUCAUGGAUGCUCCUGUGUUUCAAGCCAUCCAACCAGAGGAGCUGUCGAGCUGCGGCUGGAACAAGAAGGAGAAACACAGCUCUGCUCCAAAUGUUGUGGCCUUCACCCGCAGGUUCAAUCAGACCAGUUUCUGGGUGGUACGAGAGAUCCUCCACGCUCAAACUUUGAAGAUCAGAGCUGAGGUGCUGAGUCUGUACAUUCGGACUGCCAAGAAACUGUGUGACAUAAACAACCUGCAUGCAGUCAUGGCUGUGGUGUCGGCGUUACAAAGUGCGCCCAUCUUCAGGCUUACCAAAACAUGGGCGUUACUGAGUCGAAAGGACAAGGCGACGUUUGAGCGGCUUGACUACCUGAUGUCCAAAGAAGACAACUAUAAACGUCUGAGAGACUUCAUAAGCAGCCAGAGUAUGGUCUCGUGCAUACCAUACCUUGGGAUGUACCUUUCUGACCUGACGUAUAUAGAUUCAGCCUACCCUUCCACAGGUAGCAUACUGGAGAAUGAGCAGAGGUCCAACCUGAUGAACAACAUCCUCAGAAUCAUAUCAGACCUGCAGAGAUCUUGUAACUACGAUAUUCCAGUUUUGCCUCACAUACAGAAAUAUUUGAACUCUGUUAGAUACAUUGAGGAGCUGCAAAAGUUUGUGGAGGAUGACAAUUACAAGUUGUCCCAGAGGAUUGAACCAGGCACCAGCACACCUCGAGCCAACGCCUCCAAGGAGGAUCUUGUUGGUCAAGAAUCAUCAUCUUCUCCUCUUUCUGGACGUAAGGGUUCAGUAACGGCUGAAGUCCCAAAUACACCUCCAUCCCCAAGGAACAUGCUGCCCUACGGACACAGGAAAUGUCACAGCCUGGGCUACAAUUUUAUCCACAAGAUGAAUACGGUAGAGUUUAAAAGCGCCACCUUUCCCAACGCUGGUUCUCGUCACCUGUUGGAUGACAGUGUGUUGGAGAGCCACAGUCCCACCAGAGGACAGGCAGAGAGCUCAACACUUUCCAGUGGCAUUUCACUCGGGAGCAGCGAGGGCUCUGAGCUCAGUGAAGAGAUGUCUUGGCCUGCUUUUGAGAGGACUCGGUUCUAUCACUCUCUGGGCCCAGUGACCCGUGUGGCCCGCAUCUCGUACAGAGGAGUCCUGAGGCCCAGCAGCUCCGCCGAGUCAGAAGAACUUGCAGUUCAUUUGUAUCCCGGAGCGGUCACGGUGCAGGGGGUGUUGAGACGGAAGACCAUGCUGAAAGAGGGCAAGAAGCCAACUGUGGCGUCUUGGACUAAAUACUGGGUCACUCUGUGUGGAACUCAGCUUCACUACUACCCUGCCAAAUCCCUGAAGGCCACAGAGAGGAAACAUUUUAAGUCCACAUCCAGCAAAAGUGUGUGUGUCGUUGGUCUAAUGGCCAUGAUGACUGAUGAUCCAGAUCAUCCAGACGUCUUCUUGUUGACUGACUCCGAGCACGGUAACACCUACAAGUACCAGGCUGGGAACAGAAUAAAUGCUUUGCUGUGGUUCAAACAUCUGAGUGCUGCCUGUCAGAGUAACAGGCAACAGGUUCCGGCCAAUCUUAUGUCAUUUGAGUGACGGGCAGUAAGAAGUUCAACAAAGAAGAAAAGAGGAGGAUGAGGAGGGUGAGGAAGAGCACCGACUCAGUAGUGGAAGCUUUCACUGCCAUGAGCCCCGACAGACAAUUCUCCUGUCCUCACCCUGACCUUACUGCAACGUCACCUGCCACCACUGCCUUAACCAGAGUUCCCAGUGUGUGUGUGGGUAUGGGUGUGUUUGGCUGUGUGAGUGGAAAGGAUGUACUGACCACUGAACAAGGAUUUGGACCACUGAUAUUGUCUCCUGUUAUUUCUGAGCAUCUUUUCAGCAUAUCAGUGAAGCCCCCACUGUCAGACUGAGUGUCCUGCAGAGACUGGGAGGAUUUUCUCUUUAUUUUAUUUUGAAAGGGGCAAACUGCUUUUAUUCUGAUCCCCCUUCUGUGCUCAAAUAUAGGAUUACCUUCUUAUUCAGGUGGACACACAAUCCCAGUACAACUGAACACUUUUUCUGAAUGUGUAGUUUUUAAACUUUACUUUUUGUUAUAUACUGUGCGCGCACGUGUUCGUGUGAGCAUAUUUGGGAGUUGGUUUGGAUUUAAGCGAAAUUGCAUGCGGUUCUCUGUGGUACGAUAAUCCCAGAAUCUAAGCUACGGUGUUUUCUUGGUUGGGCAGACUCUUUUGAAACCUGCACAAUUUUGUACCAUCAGCUGAUGGAAGCCAUGCUGGGCCCACUGGACCCGCACACGAGAAACACCCGAGACUUGAAACGUAACGAGUCCAUUACAGAAAGCAACAACGAUCCAUGCUCCGUGAAAUAAUCCUCAGGUCUUUUUGUUUGUUUUUGGUUAUGGUUGGAAUCUGUAGUCUGGAGACACUCAGUGUUUUUUUUUGUUUUUUUUAGGCUUUGUUUACUUUGUGUUAGUUUAAUUUUCUGUUUUUGGGAGCAAUGGUGCACUUCACAGUAUUACCAUGUAGUUAAUGAUUGCACAGUAAAGUGGGUUUGUUUGUUACAUUAUAAUAUUGUUUUUUGUAACAUUUAGUAAACAUGAAUUUCACAGUGACAUAUUAGUGUCAGGGCCAUCGAAGAGGAAGUGUUUUAAUCUAAAUUUUAAGAUAAAGUCUAAAUGAUGAAAGUGUCAGUUUUAUUGACAUAAAAAGUUGCAAAUUUGUUUACAUUUUUUUUUUUUUUUUGAGCGAAAAAAGUCCAAAUCUCUUCUGGACCUAACGGUAGUUGUUGAAAUUGUUAAUGUUUCUGACAAAUAUUGGUGCACGUUUAUUGGAUUAACUACAAAA